CUCCCUUUCUCUCUCCUAUUUUUGAGCUUAAAUUCUCCGUGCCUUCCAAAUUCCAAUUCCCUCUCUCCCCUCACAUUUUGCUCUACCUCCCUCCCUCCCUCCAUCGUCUUCCCUGGAUUGUGUUGUUGCAUGAGUGGGGUGGGUCAAACCCUACAUUCUCCUGUCCAAACCAUUUUUUCUGCUAAUCUUGUAUCUCUCGCGGCAAAUCCAACUUCCCGAACUCUCUUGCUAUUCUAUACUUCCCUUUUAUGGCGUCUCGAUACUUUCUGCAAACUCUAGAUCUAGGAAUGAAUUGAUUAGGUCCCCUACCUUCCUUGCGCUCGUCAUUAUUCUCAUCUCUUUGUAGCUUCGUAUCUUCUUUUCCGCCAUAUUCUAUUUGUUCGUUGCGUUCGAGGUGUGAUUUUUUGUUUUCCCUUCAACCCAAUUGGAAAACUGAAAGCAUGGGUAUUGCUGAUUAGGCUGCCCAGAUUCAGGAACCAUGCAUUUAGUGUAUGUUGGUCGGGUGAAAAAGGGUCUCUUGUACCGUACAUAAUUGGGUUUUCUGUUUUUCCUGGGCAGUAGCAUCUGUCCGCAUCGAAAUGGGGUUUUCCUUUGGGCUUAUAAUCUUGUAAUAGGGUUUCGGUGGAAUUCCGCUUAGGUGCUGAGACUAUCUUUAGAAAAUGGCUCUGAAUUUUUCCUGUGAUUUGAGCUUUCCGGCUUCGCCGGAGAAGAGUGCGUAUCGGUCAAUCGGGCCAGUCGUCGAUGGCUAUUUGCUCAAGAAAUCUGGUUGUUUUGGUAAUUCUUGGAGCUUUUGUAGUUUCAAUAAGGCAUUGGAAGAUAACCCAUGUGGUGAAUUAGUCAAUGCUGAUUUGGGGGAUUUCGGUGACCCGGCGGCAGUGGUAGUUGAUGAUAUUCUUGAUCGCUUGCCCAGGGAUCCAUUUGGCAUGAACAUAAUGCAGUCUACCUUCCCAGAAAUCUCGGAUUGGAUUCAAGAUUUUGAUUGGCAUUUCCCGUCAGAGUAUGAUGUCUUUGGGGUGGAUGAAACUCAUACAAAGAUUGACUGUAAACUUUUUGCGGGUCUAUAUUGGGGUUGGAAUGGUGCUGGUGCUGGUAGUUUCCCUUCCGGAGGCAACGACGAUGCCAAUGAAAUGUCUGUUUCAGAUGAAGUUUUCGACAGAUUUCAGAUUUUUGAUUGGUUGUUUGAUAGCGGCCUCGUAUCAGAUGGAAAUGUGGAGACGCUUUUACCAGCUAGUCAGGGAGACGGCAGGGUUUCGAGCGGUGAAGCUGAAGUGCAAAAUUCAACCAAAAUUGAUUAUGAUGGUGAAGCAGGUAGUCCACAUGAUGCUAUGCGUUUGGUGUUGAAUUAUCUAGGUGUCUCGGACCUUCUUUCAGUUGAACAGGUUUGCACUUCUUUGCGCGAUUGUGUUAAAGCUAAUCCUCUGUUAUGGUGGAGUAUACACAUAGAUCAGUCAUUGAGUUUGAAGAUUACGGAUGGUAUACUGGUUAAGUUAACUAACAGGGCUCAAGGCUUUCUUCAAUCCUUGACCCUGGUUAAUUGCAUAAGGAUCACAGACAGUGGUCUGAGACGUGUUCUUCAAAGCAACCCUAGACUAACAAAGCUAAGUGUCCCUGGUUGUGUUAGACUGACUGUUGAAGGGAUUUUAAUCCAAUUGAGGGCCCUAAAGUCAUCAGGGAAACCUGGGAUAAAGCACUUAGAAAUUGGUGGGAUUCCUAAUGUAACAGACAAGGAUUUUGAAGAGUUGAAGUUCUUACUAGAUGUGGACAGGUAUUUGCAACAGAGAGUGCAGAGGCCACGAUUCUACCAUGGAUGGUAUCCGUAUGCCUUGGACACCUUGUGUGAUGAUGACCGCAUAAUUGACAUAGAGCUCUGUCCUAUAUGCCAGAGGCCAAGACGUGUCUAUGAUUGCCCUGCAGAGAGUUGCCAACAGAAACAACAGGCUUCUCAGUUGUGUAGGGGUUGCUUGGCGUGCAUAGAACGGUGCAUCCAUUGUGGAAAGUGCAUUAAGGAUCUUGAGUAUGAAGAGACAUUCUGUCUGGACUUGCUUUGUUUGAAUUGUUGGCACCAGCUGGUGAGUUUUCCAGAUGAGCCUGUUGGAAAGAAUUCUUCCAGGCACACUGUUAUUAGUCCAAGGACUAUGUAUAAGUUUUGUAAAUUGUUUGAACCAGAAUGUGCAAACUCGACUAUGCCUGGCGCAAGCAGCGAUAUAUUUGUAGAUUGCUUGAACCAGAAUGUGCAAACUCAGCUGUCUGGAUCUUGAAUGCGGAAGUCGAACCAGUUAUGGAUGAAAGUUACUUCUGUUAAGGAUUCUGGCCCUCCUGUGCUAACUGACCAUUGCAUAGGAUGAUUGCAAAGUCAAGUCAUAUAAAGGUUCAAGCUUCGCAUUUUUGAGGAACACAAACAUCUAUGAGAUGGCCAGUCUUGACCCUGAUAAAUUGGCCUUUCGGGAUAAGUAUUGGGAGUCGUUGCAUAACUCCACUGCAAUGAUGCCAUCGAUUAGCUGAACAAUCUUCUAGUAUUCAUUGAAAUGAUACACACUUACCAACAGUCAAUAACAUCUAAAGUGUACAACAACAACAACAAAAAGCCUUUAUCCCACUAGGUGGGGUCGGCUAAAUAACAUCUAAAGUGUGAGGGGAAUAAAUUUCUUCAGAGCUGAUCUCCUAUUGCAUCAUGUGCAAAUUGUUGAACUGUCUGCAGAUGGAUCGUUUUUAACUGCUCAAGACAGGAGGAAGAAAGAAGAUUUGAUGAUUCUGGAGGGAAAUGAGAAAUUAUAUUCCGUUAAAAGAAAAAGAAACGGAAAUGAUAAUUUAAUGUAGUUGUGGAGUAGACGAGACGCAGGCUCAUGGCCUUUACUAAACUAGAGCAACUUGAUGCGGAGCUUUCUGCAGGAAAAAGUUGUGUGAGAGAGUUGACUGACGUGAAGAAUGUGUAGUUCUUGAAGAUCAGCGUAUUCAUGUUGCUUGUGCACACCCUUUCUCAGCAAUCCCUUCGCGACAAGUUGCCUCCUGCAAUGGAAAUCAUCUCGAGUUCAUCGGAAGAAUACAAAUGUGUUGCUGUGGUUCAGUGCAAUGAUGGCUGGAGUGGGACUCUCUGAAGGACGGCAACUGCAUGACGUUGGGUUUCGAGCGGGGAGAAUUGUGCUUGUUGGAGGUGUUGCUGUUGAUGUUGCCUGUGAUUGAAGCCGUAAGUCAUUCUGAAGAACGGAAGACAGUGGAAAGAAGAUAAACCGGAAGAACAUAUUAAUGUUGCUCUUAUCUGUGGUUGUGUAAUAAAUGAAGCAAAAUCAUACGAUUGACACUUGGGACGUGUACCUUUUCCUAAGAUGCGUUCAUCGUUGAGCUCGGAAACCAUCAAUUGGCUACGGUAUCUUUUCUUUCAGCAGGAAAUUUAGGACGUAAGUGCGCAGUUGCCAUGUUGCUUUACUUCCAACAUCUUUUAUUCAUGAUAUAUUGGGUUUUCUGAUGCUUCUAACAUUCAUCUGUCAAAGAGGGGAAAUAUGACUUACUUGAAUUUUAGUCCUUUAA